GAGAAGAAAGAAAAAGAAAAUCUGCCUCUCCUCCCCUAGCUGCUUCCCUUAAUUUAAUCCCCGCCAUUCCUCCGCCUCCCUCCAUUUUGCCCCUGCGGCGUAGCACCCCGCUGCUGUAGGCCUGUAGCCCAAGCCUGCUCACUGCCCGCACGCGAGCUCGAUCAGCAGCCAGCCGCUCAGCUCAGCUCAGGCGUAAAGAACGCCGCCAUGGCCGUCGUGGAGCGCCGCCGUCGCGGCCACGCACGGCGCGCGGUUCUCCUGCUGCUCGUCGUCGUCACGCUGCCGGCGGCGAUCCUCGCGCCGGCCGCCGGCUGCUCGGCGGCGACGUUCCUGGACGAGGACGUGAUCCUCGGCGCGGCGGCGGCGGCGGCGGCGAAGGUGGGCGGCGGGAAGCAGCUGGGCGGCGGCGGCGGCGCGAACACGAGCGGGACGCGGCCGCGGGGGAGGUCGGCGUACUACCUGGGGUGGAAGGAGGAGGUCGCGGCGAUGGCGGGGCGGCCCGAGCUGGCGGAGUGGCUGCGCCGGGUGCGGCGCCGGAUCCACGAGCGGCCCGAGCUGGCGUACGAGGAGGUGGAGACCAGCCGCCUGGUCCGCGACGAGCUGGCUGCCAUGGGCGUCGGAUUCCGCCACCCGCUCGCGCGCACCGGCGUCGUCGCCACGCUCGGCACGGGGCGGCCACCCGUCGUCGCGCUCCGGGCCGACAUGGACGCGCUGCCCAUCCAGGAGGCCGUGGAGUGGGAGCACAAGAGCAGGAACCCCGGGAAGAUGCACGCGUGCGGCCACGACGCGCAUGUGGCCAUGCUCCUCGGCGCCGCCAGGAUCCUCAAGGCCCGCGAGCACCACCUCAAGGGCACGGUGAAGCUUCUGUUCCAGCCGGCCGAGGAGUCCGGGUGCGGCGCGAAGCGGAUGAUAGAGGACGGCGCGCUGGAGGGCGUGGAGGCCAUCUUCGCCGUGCACGUCUCGCACCAGCACCCGACGUCCGUCAUCGGGUCCAGGACGGGGGCCCUCCUCGCUGGCUGCGGCUUCUUCAAGGCCGUCAUACGCGCCGACAUGAACGAACACCGGCGAUCCGCCGCCGACCCCAUCCUGGCUGCCUCGUCCACCAUCAUCAGCCUCCAGAACCUCGUCUCCCGCGAGGCGGACCCCCUGGACUCGCAGGUGGUGUCGGUGGCCGUCGUGAACGGGACCGGCGACGGCGGCGUGGUGCUGGGCGGCACGUUCCGGGCCUUCUCGAACGCGAGCUUCUACCAUCUCCGGCGGCGGAUCGAGGAGGUGAUCGCGGCGCAGCCGCGGGUGCACGGGUGCUUGGCGUCCGUGGACUUCUUCGAGGACGAGAGCUUCUACCCGCCGACGGUGAACGACGCGCGCAUGUACGGGCACGUGCGGCGCGUGGCGGCGGAGCUCCUGGGCCCCGGGUCCUACCGCGACGUGCCGGCGAUGAUGGGCGCCGAGGACUUCUCCUUCUACUCCCAGGCAGUCCCCGCCGGGUUCUACUACAUCGGGGUGCGGAACGAGACGCUGGGGUCCGUGCACACCGGCCACUCCCCGUACUUCAUGAUCGACGAGGACGUGCUACCCACCGGCGCCGCCGUGCACGCCGCCAUCGCCGAGAGGUUCCUCGCCGAGCACGGCUCCCUCAUGGGCUCCCCGUCCGCCGACGACCUGGCCAGAGAACAGGAGCUGUGACCGGGCACGGCGAGGACGAGCGCACCGGCGGACGGCGAGGGCACGGUGGAAGCUGAGGCCGAUCGCUCGGGCGCCUUGGGUAGUGGUGGUUCCUUUGCGCGUGGUGUGGUGUUGGAACGCGGGCUCGGAUUGGUUUAGUUUUUGAGGCCGUCGGGCUCGUGGUGAUCGAUCGGCUGAUGAUGAUCCGCGCGGCCGUCGGGCUCGUGGUGCCGGUGGGUUUGGGGUUUUACCGCGUUUCGUGUGCGUGAGCCAAGGAACCAUGGCGGCGAACGGGCGGUUGGCGCGUGUAAAGAACCUGGAGAAUGUUGCGUUCUGCUGGUGGCGUAGUAGGUUGUACGUACGUGUUUUUGCCCCAGUUGGGGAUGUCAGACUCUUCCUUCUCAUUGACAAAACAAAUGGGUAUUGAAGCUUCUAUAAUCAUCACAUCA